AUGGCACCAAGCAGUCAUUUGGGCAGCAACACUUUCGAUGGGACGCUGCCUAAUGAACUGGGUCAGCUGACCAACUUGAAAGAGCUGGUGCUGAGCUCAAAUCGUCUUACUGGCACCCUCCUGGCGUCCCUGGGGAACAUGCCAAAGCUGCAGCUGCUGGAUAUUCGUGGGAACCAGUUCCAGGGAACCAUUCCCGCCUCCUACUUCCGCAUCCCAACGUUUUUGUAUGACGGGGACCUCAAGAUCCCAACAUCAGGCCUACCACCACCCUCCCUCCCGCCACUUCCACCCCCCCCGUCGCCCCUAGCCCCUCUGCCUUCAUCCAAGCGCCCCUCAACCAAGAAGCGCUCUUCUCCCCCACCCUCACCGCCACCCUCGCCUCCCCCUUCUCCUCCUCCACCGUCCCCUCCACCUCCCUCCCCCCCACCAUCCCCUCCUCCUCCACCCCCACCUUCUCCCCCUCCCCCUUCCCCUCCUCCAUCUCCUCCUCCUCCAUCCCCCCCUCCUCCAUCCCCCCCACCUCCAUCUCCCCCCCCUCCCUCUCCUCCUCCUCCUUUUCCUCCCCCGCCGUCUCCUCCUCCGCCUUCCCCUCCUCCCCCAUCUCCUCCCCCUUCUCCCCCUCCAUCCCCCCCAUUCCCACCCCCACCUCGCCCCCCGCGGCCUCGUUUCCCCCCACCAUCACCCCCACCGCCCCCCUCACCGCCCUCCCCAGCGCUACCGCUCAUCCCCUUUGUGCCCCCAGCCCCACCGGUGCCUGUACCAUCUCUGGACCUCGCCACUCCGCAAGGCUGCUCGCCUUGCGCUGACAGCUGGGUUGCACGCAAGGUGUCAUCUGUUGGGGGUCGUGGGGUGGCGUGCAUGUGCGUGCAGCCAGUGGUAGUGGAGAUUCGGCUGUCAAUGGAGUUUCGUCGCUUCAACUCCGCGUUCAAGCAGAGUCUUCAGCUGCAGCUGGCUCGCUCAUUUGCCGUCAACGCAUCUCAAGUCCUCAUACCCUCCAUUCGUCCCGGCAGUGUCAUCGCUCUCGCUGUGGUGCUGCCUCCUGCCCCCAUCACACAAUUCCCGAAUGCCACCCUUGACCAAUUCUCCACUACUCUGCAAACCGCACUUGCACAGUCCACCAACACAACUGCUGGCGGGGCUGCUGGUACUGGUGCAGGGGCUAGCCAUGAGACGAGCAGGGUUGAGCUGUUGGGGCUUCGAGGUUUCGGAAGGGUGGAGGUGCUAGGUUACUGGAUUCCUGGAUACACCCUUUCCACACCGAGCACGAGCAACAGUGGCAGCCCUUCUGACAGUGAGCAGCACCCCGCCAGCACCAGCAAGAGCAAGACAAUGGCCAUAGCGCUGGGCGUGGGAGUGCCAAGAGCGGAGCAAGCGGCAGCAGAGGGCGGGAAGGACAAGGAGAAAGACGAAACGGUCCGCGGCAGAGGAGGGAUGCUGAACGGCAAACCUUUCACUGCUGAAGCACCGACUUAUUUCUGGGAGACCAAGCUACGGCAAUCGCACAAGAACCAGCAUGCGGCAGUGCCCCCGCAGGACCCUAGUGCACAUGGCAGGGCGGUAGGGGAGUCCUCUGCACGCGAGUUUUCCCUGCUGGAGCUCUGGGCUGCUACAGAUGGCUUUGCUCUCAGUGCACGCAUCCAGGAGGGGCCGUUUGGGCCACUUUUCAGUGGCAGACUGGCAGAUGGGUCGCCAGUGGCAGUGGCGCGCCUGGACCCGUCACCCCAGGGCGGAUGGUCCGAGGAGCAGGUGCGGCAGGCAGCGGUGCAGCUGUCGCCCCUGCUGCACGGCAACCUGGUGCCUCUGCGAGGGUUCUCUGUGGACGGGGGAGAGAGGCUGCUAGUGCUGGAUGACUUUUGCUGGCGCGCUGGCCACCUGGGCACUCUUGCCUGCGCUCUGCACCACCCUAGCUCCCCCUCUUCUGCCUUGCAUGGCGCUGAUGGGGGUGGUGAGAUCGUGGCUGGCAGCAGUGGUAGCACGUGCUUUUUGAGCUGGGAUGCGCGAGUGGAGAUUGCUAUUGGCUGCGCUCAUGCUCUCAGGUACCUGCAUGAGGACUGCCGCCCGCCCAUCGUGCAUGGUGCCAUCUCCUCCUCGCUCAUCUUCCUUGACACACACUCCCAGCCUCACAUCGCCCAUGCUGGCCUCGCUCCCCUGCACGGCGCCACUGUCGCCUCCUACGCUCAUACGGACCAGCUGGUGGGUGCGUUUGCGUACAGCGCACCAGAGCAUGCAAUGACGGGCGUCUUCACGCCCAGCAGUGACGUGUACAGCUUCGGAGUGGUGCUGCUGGAGCUCCUCACAGGCCGCAAGCCCGUUGACCCCUCAAAGCCCAAGUCGCAGUCUUCUCUUGUGCGCUGGGCUGCUCCCCGCCUUUCCUCUACCUCGGCGCUCCCGUCGCUCCUGGAUGCGUGCAUGCCUGGCCACCCUCCAUCGUCCACUGCUCUCCUGCACUUCGCCAGGCUUGCAUCGCACUGUAUUCAGCCUGAGGCGGAAUUCCGCCCCACCAUGUCACAAGUCAUAGCAGAGCUCUGUGGCAGUGUGCGCACUGCCGUGCCCUCCGCCCCCCCAUUGCCCGCCUUGCUCCCCAACCGCGCCGCUCGCGCUGCCUCGAGGUUCGGCAGGGGGUCCAGUGGACAAGAGGAGAGGAGAGUGGCACCGGUAUUAGAGGACGAUGGGGAGGGUGGCGCGAUGGCACGUGCAUCCACUCUCAACUCAAUACAGUACUGA